AUGUACGAGAAUCCUAAUUGGCAACAAUUUGUAGCUGACCUGAAUUUUAGGUCCAAUAGAAGAAAUAAUCGACAAAUUCGAGGGCCACAUUCGGCCUUGACCGACUUUUUAGCCUCUCACAACAUAAGCGCAAACCAAAUCAAAGAAGAUGCAAUUGCACGAAAAGCAGCCAUUCUAGCCGCGCAGCAGAUCGAGAAUGAGAAUGGAGCCUCAUCGUCCUCUCAACUACCGUCCGACGCUCCGUUAAAUAAGGGCAGUGGCAAAGUGCACGGAAAGAAAAGAAAAUUAGAGCUGGAAAAAGCUAUAUCUAGCGCAAAGGCUUCCCAACUUUUGAAACGUAGUCGUACACUCGGGAUGGAUAAAGAUUCUACCGAAUAUAAUGAUCAAAAUGAAGAAUAUGUUUCAGAAGAUAAGUUAGCUAUAGUAGGCAAGAUAACAAAUUGCGAGAUAUGCGAAAAGAGAUUCACUAUAACAGUACACAAUCUAGUUGAUAAUACCAGUAAUGACAAAAGUCUUCUCUGUCCAACCUGUAUAAAAAAUUCGGAACACGCUGAUACGGCUAUGGAAAAGAGGAAUAAACAAAGAGCCGGUGCGACACGAAGAAAAAACGCGAGUAAUAUUCUAGAUGGUAUUUAUCCUGGUGCAAAGAACUUAGCUACUCUUUGUGUCGAGACUCUGGCAAACAAUGUUCACGAGGCGGAGAGCUUUGGUAAUCUACCCCUUGAGCUGGUGAAAAAACUCGGUGCAAUCCUCUCUAAGCGAAGACUCAUUACAUCUCCUAUAUUGGAUCUUUUCCUGGAGCAGAAGCACGAUUCUCUCACUAUAACUGAUGGUGCAAAACUAUGCUCAGAAGACUACAUUCGUAUCUUCCAGCUUGUCCCUUCAAUCAAACAUUUAAAGCUUCGCAACGCGAUACACUUCAAGAAUGUUGUAAUAGAUCAUCUACUAGGUACAACAGUAAAUCUAGAAUCGUUAGACAUUCAUGGUGCGAACCUAAUUGAUGAUGAAAGAUGGGAACGUUUCCUGACGGAAAAAAGUGCACAGUUGAGGAAUCUUAAAGUGCAUUUUACUGAUAAUCAUUUUGGAGAUAGCGUCAUAGACCUUCUGCCAAAGUGCUGUCCACAACUUGAGCGACUGAAAGUAUCCCAUAAUUCCAAAGUUAGUAACGAAGGCUUAGUAAAUAUUGGUCUUCUAGAAAACCUUCAAUAUCUCAGUAUUGAACUAUAUCGCCCAGUUGGAACUAAAUCGUUGACGUCAACUCCUUUAAUUAAGCUUCUCAACUCGAUUGGUUCCAAGCUCAGAACUUUCUCUCUCGAAACGGUUCCUCAGGUUGAUAACAGGUUACUACAAGCUAUACAUGAGAACUGUAGGCAUCUCACCAAACUUCGCAUUACUGGAAGUCAAUCAUUCACUGAUAGUGGAUUUGCCUCACUCUUCACUAACUGGAGCAAUGCCCCACUUAAUUUCCUUGACUUCUCAGAAUGUCGACAUGUCGACGCCGUUGAACCAUCUAGAAAUACUGAUAAAAUCGGACUCUGUUCAUCAGGGUUCCAGGCCAUAAUGUCUCAUUCCGGAUCUAAACUUAAGCAUCUUGACAUUUCAUCCUGCCGACACAUAUCACUUGAUACCUUUGAGGAGAUUUUUGCCACGGACAAGGUGUAUUCAGCCUUGGAACAUUUUGAUGUAAGUUUUUGUCAGGCAGUUAACGAUUAUGUUGUGGGAUGUAUUUUUAGAAGUUGCCCUAGUUUGAAAGUAUUGACAGUGUUUGGUUGUUUUGGUGUCAGAUCUAUCAAAAUCCCAAAAGGGAAGAUUUUAACUGGAACGCCGAAUGCAAUUGGUAUGCAAAUAGAGGGAACAGAAGAUGGUGAGGGAAGAGUUGUCUAA